ACGAGAGAUGCUCGGCAAGAGUAAGCGCGAGUGGGCGCGAAUGGGGGGUCAAAGGAAAGAGAGGGGGCAACAGAAGGAUAGACAGCCUUUUCAGACCCCUCGGUGACCAGUUUAGCGCUGGUUGGCAUCCGAACUGCGCGCCGCGCAGGGUCCAGGGGCUGUCCUUCGGGCCGACGUUUCGGAGCCAGUCCGACUGAGCGGUUCGACGAGGAAAUGACGCGAGAUAACUCCGCCGCGACGUGCUCCGCCGAUCGCGGCCCUCGCCGUCAGGCAGACCGCAUUGGCGUCAGUGCGGUCUGACGUUUCUGGCAAACGAGCGGUUCGAUAAGCGAUCGCUCACGUGCGGCGCUCAGCUGCCGCGUGUCAGCGUUAAAUAACGUGUCACUUCCGCAUCGUGGAAUUGAAAAAAAGAAAUAGAAUCGUAAAACAAUUAGAACCGCGAGAGACGCUUAGUCGAGCUUAGAACCAAGGAUGAUAGCUUUAGUCAGCGAAGUUACGAAACGUGCAUGUGGGAACACGAAGUGAACGGGUUGAACGCUACCGUUCCGAUUGCAAAUACCACUCGCGCCGGUGCUGUACCCCACCAGAGCGGAAAUCGCGGUAACACUUGCGUGACGCGUUGCGCGACCGCGCUUUUUUUUUCCUCAAUGAUAUUCAAUCGCAGCGCGGGAGAACCGAGCCCAUAAAGUUCGCCGAUGAAAUCGUUGAACGCGUCGCUGCGCGUGGAAACGCGGGGAGCAAACUCGUUCCUCACCUUCAAACGUGCGUUUUACCGCGGCGCGCACUUGCCGGUGUAGUUAAGUGACACUUGUGAAAUCGACGCACACAUUUUCACCGCUCCGAGCGAGAGCCGCGAGAAGGGAGCCGCUCGUGGACACUCGUCCGACUCGCUUUCGAGCGGUGCGUUAUGAGAACGCACUCCUCCCGAGAAGGACAGUACCGAUCGCGAGGUGUUUUCCAAUUCAAGGGAAGCCCAGGAAACGCCCGCCACCAUCCUCGAACGCGAUCAAAGUGCUCCGGGUGAUCUUUAUACGCUUAUGAACUCGCGAUCUUUACGUCGUAGACCAACGUCGUAGACGAAGUCAUUUCCGGGAAGCCACGUUACAAGCUGAAGUCACAGAACGGCGAGGUACUUUCCAAUUUGAGGAAAGCCCGUUAUCAUCCUCGAACGCGAUCAAAGUGCUCCGGAUGAUCUUUGUACGCUUUUAAACUCGCGAUCUUUACGUCGUAGACGAAGUAAUUUCUGGGAAGCCACUUUACAAGUUGCAGUCACAGAACGGCGAGGUGCUUUCCAAUUUGAGGAAAACCCGGGAAACGCCCGCUAUCGUCUUCGAACACGAUCGAAGUGCUCCGGGUGAACUUUAUAUACUUAUAGACUCGCGAUCGUUACGUCGUGGACCAACGUCGUGGACUGGCGUCGAGGAAGAAGUCAUUUCUGGGAAGCCACAUUACAAGUUGAAGUCACAGAACGGCAGACAUGGGAGCGAGUCGUCGGUACGCGGUCUAAGAAUAUCGCGGUGUGGAUCGUUGAACCAGGGCUUCCUUUCUUCUUUCCACGUGUCGAGGUGCCCGGGGGAAAUAAAUCAGAAACUUUCUCCGACGACGCUCUCGGCUCGACAGUACUUCGUAAACGAUGUCGGGGGACACCACGUCCGACGACGAGGGAUCGCAGGAGGAUCCGCCGCGAUAUGACGUCGACGAUUUGGAAAUCAUCAAGACUAUCGGUACAGGCACCUUUGGCAGGGUAGUUCUCUGCAGGCAUCACGGAACGUUUCUCGCUUUGAAAAUUCUUUCUAUGGUCGACGUGAUCAGACUGAAGCAAGUCGAGCACUUGCGCAAUGAAAUUACAAUCCUGAAGGAAGUGAAACAUCCUUUCAUUGUCAACAUGCUGUGGAGUGGCAGGGACGAAGCCAGGGUCUACAUGCUGCUGGAGUUCGUGGCCGGCGGGGAGCUCUUCUCUUACCUGAGAGCGGCCGGAAGAUUCGCCGGGCCCACGAGUUGUUUCUACGCGGCUGAAAUAGUUUGCGCCUUGGAUUAUCUGCACAGCAAGCAUAUAGUUUACAGGGACCUUAAACCAGAGAACCUUCUCCUCGACAGUCAGGGCCACCUUAAGAUCACCGAUUUCGGUUUCUCCAAGAAACUCACGGAUAGAACAUGGACUUUGUGUGGUACGCCAGAAUACUUGGCGCCGGAGAUAAUUCAAAGCAAAGGACACAAUAAAGCCGUAGACUGGUGGGCGUUGGGUGUUUUAAUCUACGAGAUGCUGGCGGGAUACCCGCCGUUCUUCGACGACAAUCCUUUCGGGAUCUACGAGAAGAUCCUGAGUGGUAGGAUAGAGUGGCCAAAGCACAUGGACCCAAUCGCAAAAGAUCUCAUCAAGAAAUUGCUGAUCGCCGACAGAACGAAGAGAUUGGGUAACAUGAGGCAGGGCGCUGAGGACGUCAAGAGGCAUCGAUGGUUCAAGCUGGUCGAAUGGCCCCUGGUGCCGCAAAGAGCCUUGAUACCCCCGAUAAGGCCACGUGUGAAAACGCCGGGCGAUGCAAGCUGCUUCGACGAUUAUCCUGAAACCGACUGGCGUUCCCAGCCGCCCUUGCCACCAGACCAACUAGCUCUAUUCCAAGACUUUUGACAGCUGUGACGUUAAAUAGUUGCGAAUAUUUUUACGCUCACAAAUUCAUCAUUACUACGCUAAAUAGAGACACUUAAUUUGCGGUACGGAACAACCGUGGUCGCGAUUCGGCGAUUGACAAUAAUUAAUUUUCCAUUCUGUACAUAGGGUAACUUUUUAUAUUUUGUUGCGUAUUACUUAUUUAUUUAUACGUGCUCCAAGCCAGAUGUUCCGUUUUGUUGUUUUCGUGAGAUUCUGUAAAUAAAGGUUAAACAGUCAA